GGCAUCACAAGCAGGUCAUUAUUUUAUACCAUUUCUGCUGUAUUUUACAAAACGGCAUCAGAAAAUAAUAACACUACAGGAUCAUCUUCAUCUUAUAUAAGUGUAUUAGUCUAUUAGCUGUAUUUAACUGCUGCCACCACAGUCUAUGGCUGCCGCUCAUGUGUAUGCAGAAAGCGAGACAAUCAAGAGUACAAUACGUGGUAGGGUGCUGUACACUACAUUUCCCAGAAUCCCCCAAGUAGCUCACGUACUCAUAUCCGCCUUUACGCGAUGACGCAAUUUCUGCCUUGUUGGAAGGUAGUUUCUGUAGGAAGCGCUGUGACAGUAGACUACUAUUAUCAGCGCCGAAGAAACGCUGAGUGGAGAAACCUAAAGACACCCGGACGCUCUCACUCGAAUGAUAUUUUCUGGCCUCUCAUCGAACGAUGUCAGUCACUGAGGACCUUCCAGACAUGGAUGGAGCAGACCUGUUGGGGCUGCUGUUCCACAACGGACUGGAUGGAUCCACCGAGCCUCUCUUUGCUGAUGAGAGUGGACUCAUUGAGUCCUGGCUGUCGGAGCAAGAUAUGCUGACAGGAAUGGACACUGAAGACUUUCUGUCCAGCUUGUUAGAGGGAGAGUACAACAUGGAGGCCAUCGGUCCCUCUCACUCUCCCUUGGGCAGCGACAGCGGCAUUUCUGACGACAGCAGCACCGGGGUUGGAAACAACAACCACCUGGGGUGCCCGAGUCCCCAGGGCAGCGAUAGUGACGUUGUGCCCAGUCCCCGCUACUCCCAGCCCAGCCCGGUGCACUCUGACCCGGCCCUGGGCCCCGGAGAGAUGCAGACGGAGAGCCUGGAGGUUUUGACAGUCCAGGCGGAUCACAGCUACUCUCUGCUGCAGGGCAGAGGCGGGGACAUGGACGUCUUGCAGAGUGUGAGGGCGGAGAAGCCAGAUACGGAUGUCUUUAUUGAUCUGGAUGACUUGGUGUGUGAGGCAGUAGAGGAGGACUUCACAGACGAGCUGCCCUGCACUUUGUCCAUAGAGGACGACUCGACACAGGAUUCAACUCCAGCCAACGCAGCAGACCAGUUCCAGUUUAAAGAGAUUGUGCUCACUGAGGAGGAGAAGCGGCUUUUGGGGAAAGAGGGAGCAACUAUUCCGACACACAUGCCGCUCACAAAGGCUGAGGAGAGGACCUUGAAGAGGGUCAGGAGGAAGAUCCGCAACAAGCAGUCUGCUCAGGAGAGCCGCAAGAAGAAGAAGGUGUAUGUGGACGGACUGGAGAACAGGGUCGCCAUCUGUACUGCACACAACCUGGAACUACAGAAGAAAGUCCAAAUGCUCCACAAACAGAACAUCUCCUUGAUCGAGCAGCUGAAGAAGCUACAGGCAAUUGUGAAGAUGUCGACUAUGAAGGCCAGCACAACCAGCACUUGCGUUAUGGUGUUCCUGCUCUCUUUCUGUCUCAUCAUCUUCCCGUCAGUCAACCCGUUCGGCGGAAACAGAGCACAGAAGGAGCUCUACACACCGUCUUCCAUCAUCUCCCGGACCUUGCGCUCGAUGCCACCAGAAAGCACAGAUGCCAUAUCUUACCUCGGGGACCUUGAGCCUGAGGACGAGGAGGUUCUCUUAGUGCCCCAAGCCGAGGUGGAGAACGUCAAAGCCAUCUUCGCCGGUGGCCAGAAGAAUCACACACCCGGCUUCCAGAUGGUGGAGCAGCCCGACUCCGAAACAGGAGUCAGCAGCAACUCCUCGGCGGACUUCCCCGGCCCCGCUCAGGCCGCGGUGAUGAAGCCGGGGCCGGCCGGCGGAGCGGGGCCCUUGCAGGAAGGAUCCGUCGACGGCGCCGUGGCGUACGAGGUCGCGGGAUCCAAGGAUAACUGGAUAGACCGGAACCCCCCGUCUGUCAUUCUACAGCAGCACCGCUCAGAUGAGAUGUAGUGGGGGGGAGAUGUUGAUCAAUGCAACCAGCAGAGGGAGCUAUCUUCCUAAUGUUUUAGGUACCAGAGGUGAAGAUUAAACUUACAAAAGGAUGAAGGGAACAUACCGGUAAUUAUCAUGAUCUAGGAUCAGUCUUUCUGUCCCUGCUUUUCCCCUCUAACAACCUUCUGAUGUACUACUGUUACUUUAUUUGCACUUUGUCCGUGCUCCAGUAGGCUGAAAUAACUGGAGAGAGAUUUCCAUAUUUCAGCAGUGUAAACUACCUAAAGAAUAGGACAUCGCCGCGGUAAACUACACGCCUGUCCCGCUGGAGGCCACAUGCAACCUAGGUAGCACUGAGGGUUCCCAUGUUCAAUGCACAAUGCGGUGCUGAUGACAGAAGAGACGUUUUACUUGAUGGCACUAUUUAUUGCCAAAUUCUAGGGGUUUGGGGCUAUGUUCGGCUCGUGUCUGUCUUUAGCAGAUCUAAAUAUUAACGUACGCUCAUGAAGGACUCUCCCAUAGUAAAUUAUUGUGAAAAUAUGCACUCUCAACAGUUUGCACCGCAGACUAGCCAGACAGCUCCAUCGCAUAGUAGAAACAUAGGCUGCUCGAUGCUCGUAACGCUUGAUUAAAGUGGUUGUCUGACCACCGUAAUGCUUAAGCCAUUGCAGGACAUUUGGCCAUUUAGAAGACUUGUAAAGUAUUAGUAUUUCCCUUGUAACAAGGGUAUCCAUGCUUCUUUUUUAAAAUUUUUGGAAUGCUUUGUUUUUAUGUUGUACAGUAAAUCAAGAAAUAUGUCAUAAUGCAAAAUAUGGAACAAGACACUGAACCGUUGAGUUUGUCAUUGUCCGCCAACCGAAGCCCACCCCUACCAUCUCCUCUUUUCCAACUUCAUGGGACAGUUCUUAUCUUUCUUAACAUGUGUGGAAUACCUUCGCACCUGUGUGCACCGAACAACGGGUUUGAAAUACAUCUGUGUGUAAUAUAUAAACCGUGUUGCAGUAAAAUGUACUGAAAAAAACAAUGACCUGUUUUGUCAGCGAGGCAUUUUUGUCACUAUUAAUUCUUAUGUUACCGUCGGUGGUAUACGUGGAAUCUAAAUGGUAUUGGAACUACUUUUUGUUAUAAUCGAGAGUCAGUGAGAUUUUAAAUGUUGAACAAAUGCACUGUCAUUUGACAAAGUCCAGGAAUGACAUGUGAAUAUGCUUAAAUGAUUGUGGCUCUUCUGUACAUUGGAAGUCUUUAUGUAAAAGACAUGUCUGGACAUCUAUAAUAAUAAUAAACUUUUUAUAUAUAUCU